AACUGUGAGGGCUAACAGCAGGUACGGCGGGCUUUUCUCGCUGGCGUUGCGUGGUGUGUCUUUCUUGUAUCGUGUCGUGUCGUGUCGUCUUGUAUGUCUCGUGUUGUAUUGUUGUAUUGUCUCGUGUCCUCUGCGAUUCAAUGAUCGAUUAUAUUUAUAUUUGCUACUCUUGAUUUAGCCUGGCUAAUGACGACAUUAUAUAUCACCAAGAUCGCUGAGAAUUGCUUUGGUCGAUGACACCAAACGGUACAACAAAAAACAAACGAGCCCCGCAAUUUUCAAAAUCGAUGGACUCACCUCUGUGUGCUGCGUACCUUGCUGCUGUCUGGCUUCUGUCUUCUUCCUUUGCCCCACCAACGCACUUCGCCAUGCCACACGUUUGUUCUUCUGUUCGUCUGUUCCUCGGGAAUACUUUUACUAGAUUUGGAAAGAACACAUGUGUGCCACCGUGAAUGCUAGCCGAUCCUUCAAAAAUUUGCGCCCACGGACGGGACUAAAUUCCACGCCCAUCGUGGAUCCAAGAUCUCUUUACUCGUCGCGUGGAACCAGGAAGCCCCUGGUGGUACACCGGUCGGUACAUCGCACGAUUGCACUGACGAGAAGCACGCCCUUGUGCCAAUCAAGACAAUGCCACGAAAGUUGCUUAUCUGCGCUUCACCUGCGAACGAUUGUGAACGGCAUGCCACAGUGCGCAGUGAAGACGUUCCACCUUGUUCUGUAUCCCAACAACCCAACGUGGAUGGAUGACUGGUUAUGCGGUAUGUACUUCAUGCUUUGUUUGUAUUGUGUUCUCGCUGCCGGUCGCACCGGAGCAAAAGUAUUUCAAGCCCGGUGUCGUGCCAUUCCCUGGAACGGAUCCGAUCCGAUCCAAUCCGAUCAGAUCUGAUCCAGAACACUUUCAACCUUGUAUCACUGCUGCUGCUGCUGCUGCUGUACCACACACGCGAUGAUCGAUGUAUUCCCAUAAACGUUUCGCAGAACUCGCUGACCGAGGCGUGAGACCCUCAGGUAAUGGAGCMAAAUUCACUUCCUUGGAUGUCUGAGCGUGAACAGAGCAGCCACAGCAAACAGCGACCGCGGCGUUGAUCGUACCGUAACGGAUCGGAUCGGAUCGAAUUGCGUUGAAUGAACUUUCGACAAUCCAUGGGAACGCAACGGGCUUGGAAAGGUCCGAUUGAUUGGAUCCGUCGAUUGGAAAGAUCGAAUCCAUUCAUUUGUUUCGUCCACUCACACACUUCACCAAUCCGUGCUUCCACUGACUGGUUUGGUUUUGCAGUGAAAAAUGGCAUACGGCUGUGUGUACUCCAUUGCAUUGAAGUACAGUGCAAUAUAGUGCAGUGCAAUAAAAGCACGAGAUGGAUAAAUUGCAUUCGACUUUUGGUUGGCUCCGCGACCGCAGGUGGCUCUUGUUCAGACCCAAAACACACAAACCAACAAACAAGCAAGCCAUCUAGAAAAUGUGAGUUCAGAUGCUCUCCGCGCAGCCGUGUCCCGUUCUGUUGGUUCUCCGUUCCUUCCAUACCGUGCGGAUGACGAAUAUUUCUAUUCCUGAGGGUCUGAAUCACACGGCAAAACUAUGUAUAUAGCGUCACCGUAUAUUGAUGCGACAGUUGAAAUUCGAGCUUUUUAACCCCGACGCAGGAUGUGGUGUGGAAGGGAUUGCGAUUUGCCUUGAUGGCACGGGACUGCUAUCGGAUGUGCUCUCUCCCUACUGUUUGUGGUUCGAUUUUUUUCUCACACCAAGCACUCUGUCCUACGGUUCUUUGGUUGCGUUUGUUUUCUUGGUGCAGGCAGACAGGAAGUGUUUGGAAAGAUACAGUAAUGCGGUACAAAGAUACUCUGGUGUGCGAGAUUUAGAACACCUCGUGCAACGGUUGGAUGGGAUGAUAUGUGUUGAUCUUCUUAUCUACUGUUGUUUACAUAUGAUCCUAUCUACCCCUAUCGAUCAACUCUAGGUACAGUAUAAUGGCGUCAGUAAGGAAAUUAAUAUCGUUACGACGU